AUGUCGUACGACACGAAUCUGCACCGCACCUUUGACUACCAGCUAUCCCCUGCGCCGCUGCGCAUCAUCGACUGGGCCCCGGUGAAGGCCGUCGCUCGGUCAGUGCUUCAGUCUGGCCAAGGCGCCAAGGAGUUCACGCUUGUCGAUGACGCCACAUCGAACGCGUCCUCCGUGGCGGCGGCAUACGCGCAGCAGGAGAAUCAGCGUCGCGUGCGUGAAAGCCGUGAGUCAUCGGCCUCCCUGUCCACACCUGCGGCUACAGAGGAUGCGGCAGCGCCCGGGGGGCCGCUCUCUGCCAUUGGGGAGUCGACCGUGUCGGAGUUUCCGGGCCUCUCCGCGGCAUCGCCCUAUUACACCCCCGGAAUGAACAGCGGUGCGGCAGCCGCGGCCGGAUGCAGUGGCGGUGGCCACGCGGAGCUCUGCGUCCUGCAUGUAGAUGAUGCGCCACCACAGCAGCAGCAGCGACAGCAGUCGGAUACGUGGGCAGCCACACCCGGUGAACCGGCUGGGGGGGCGGCCACGGCAACAUCAGAGGCGCUGGCGCACACGGUUGUCUCGUCGGCCGAGACGACGAGUGCUGUGGCGGCACCAGCAACAGCAGUCUUGGUAAACGGCAGCGGCACCGGCACGCCUGCGGCCGUAAUGGAUAGCGCACAGCGGCCACGCACGUCCUCACCUUUGGCGGCACCACCGCUGUUGGCGAAGGGGGUGUCGCAGUACGGUGCUGCGGGCGUGAUGUACGGCUUCGACACGGUGUACCACAAGGGCUCCUUUGGCGUUCUGGCGGGUCUUUUCACCGGCGCCGGGUAUCACCAGGUGAACACACACUAUCGACAAGAGCAGUCGGCACCACCGCGGCGUACAGAGCCGGCAAAGGGCGAGCACGGGAGUUGGGUUGGGACACUAGGAGCAGCAGCGAGGACAUCACAGGCUGUAACUCCGUCAGCUGUCCCGACACCGCGGUCCGACUCGAUGACGAGGGCCGCUACAAAUCCCAGCUGCUCGGAGCAAGGGCUCAGCGGUGCUGCGGACGCCGCGGUGGUGCCCGGUGCAGUGGAGCUGCAGGCAGCAGAGAACAGUGCACCGUCUCCACCGCCCACCCUGCAGCCGCGGCUGGAGCAAGUGAUCGCUUCUCACCGCCACGGCCAACUACAGGUCUACAACGCGCUUCAGCUGUUCUGGUACUGGGGUGCGCGGCGGUGGACCGGUGUGCUGAACGUGCGUGUCACACCGCUGCCGUCCGGGGAUGCGCUGCUGCCGGUGUGCGAGUACGUGGCACGCACGGUGAUGACGGAGUGCUCACUUGUCAUCGACGACCCUGUCGUGUACCUUCACAGCUUCGUCGUGAUGCUGGGACGGCGCACACGGGCUGCGGAGGAACUGGGCAGCAGCCCCAGUACCAGUGCCGCCGUCGUGGGUGCCGAGGUGCAGAGCUGCAAUGAGCUAUACCAGGCAGGGUCGAGGCACCCCCUCGAAGCCGCUGCCGAAGCGUCUCUCACAGACGAGGCCACCGGCACGGCUACCACCGGUGCUCAGCACCAUCCGGCGGAAGGUACUGGCCACCUCUCCGUGCCCCCAGUCCCGGGGGCGCACAGGGAUGACAUCCAGUCGAGGACGGGUAGGCCGUCGACUGAGGGGAGCACCGCGGCUGGCACACCAGGCAACGCAGGCGUAGCGAGCGUUUCGUCCUCCCCUAAUGUGACUCCAUCGCCGCCAAGCAGGCACUCACCUGUAAUGUCUUCGGCCCAGCACAAGCACAGAAGUCCUCCCACCGCUCGCACGGACACCGCCUCGGAUCACGCACACAGCGCGGCGCAAUAUGAUGUCGCAGCUUCACCAGACGCCGCUGCCGUCGACAACGCCAGCGAGGCGCCGCUGCCUGAGUGGCUCUACUGGUAUCAGCGGUGCGCGCUAGAGACGACCGAUGAAUGGCUUUGGAACCGCGCGGCGUCCGAGGUGGCCGACGACGCUGCGCGCUCCGCCACGCCGUGGUGGAAGCCGCGCCACAUCAAAAUGGGCGUCGGCCUGGCGCUUCGCUACCGCAAGCCUCGCGGCGUGAAUGUGUAUUGGGGCUGGAGUGCACGAGUGGGCCGCGGCAUGCACUUCUCUGGUCACAUUGAUGUGCUGCGCCGCAUGAGCUGCGCGGUCAGCUCCACCUUCGGGUUCCUCGACGUGAGUGUCCGGCUCCGCGUGAACCUCGUCACGCUUCACCAGACGGCCCUGGACGCGGGCGUGUGCUGGCGGCCCAUGCCGCAAGUGCCGGAGUUUGCGGUUCGGCUGGCGACGUCGGCCAACGGCACGACACUCGGUGUCGAGAUUGCGGACGUGGCGCCGACGCUCUACGGCCCCGUCAUCGCGCGGUUGUCGGCUUGGCGCGCACGGCGCCACCACGCAGAGGCCACUGAGCCAUAUAAAGGUAUUGGGGGCAGCGGAGAGGACUGCAUGGCCGGCGCUGACCAGAGCAGCGUCGGUGGCGGCGCUCCUGCUGGCGUCGCAGACGCCAGUCGGGAAGAUCUAGUAGGGCUUCUGCCCAUCACGUGGUAUUACUUGCAGGCCACCGGGUCAAUCAUCACUUCAGCCUUCUCCAGUGUCAAGGGGGCCGUCACGAACACGUUGGCAUCCGUGUCAUCCGCAAGCAGCGGCACCGGCAGUAGUGGCAGUGGUGGCGACGCCGCCAACACCCCUGCCGCACAAGGCAGUGUGUCCGAUGUGCGGCGUCGACCUGCGCUACUCUCCGCCACCCCUACGCUCACCACUCCUGCAACGUCGCCAACGCUACCAGUGGGACACAAGCUGUCCCGCAUCGCGCUCCCAGCCGGGAAAGCAAGUCUGCGCUACGCCCGCAACGCGUGGCACGCGCUGGCGGACCUUGGAUGGCUGGAGAACAUGCUGUCCAUAUCCCACGUGAACGUGUCGAUGGGCGUGACGUCGGAGCCGAGCAACCGGCACCGUGAGUGGAGUCUGUUCCUCAUCCUUAGCGAGAAGUGA